AUGGAGUCCGGAUCGACGGUUCCGUCCGCCGCUGCAACCUCUGAUGAUCUCCAAUCGAGCGGUGGUAUCUCACCGUCGUCGUCUCCAGCUGACGCCGUCGCUCGGCUAUCCCACGUCUUGUCGCAGCGGCAACAGCAUUUCCUCGAUAAAACGGUGCCUCACGUUCUCUACCGUUGGAUCUCAUGCCUCGUCGUUGUGUUGAUCUACGCCGUUCGGGUCUACUUCGUGGAAGGCUUCUACAUCAUCACAUACGCAAUCGGAAUCUACAUUUUGAGUCUUCUCAUUGCUUUCCUCUCUCCUCAGGAAGAUCCCGAGACAUCUCUCGGUGGCGGGGGUCUCCCUACUCGUAGAUCCGACGAAUUCCGACCUUUCGUCCGCCGUCUUCCCGAAUUCAAGUUCUGGUUAUCGAUCACGAGGGCAUUUGUGAUUGGAUUCCUAAUGACGUUCUUCGAUGUAUUUGAUGUGCCUGUUUUCUGGCCAAUACUACUUUUCUACUGGGUGAUGCUUUUCUUCGUCACAAUAAGGAAACAAAUUCAGCAUAUGAUUAAAUACAGAUACGUCCCCUUCUCUUUCGGGAAACAGCGUUAUGGGAAAAAAGCAGCAGCGUCAAUGGAGAACAGUGAUAAGUGA